UCCGAACGACGACGACAUAAGCUACACCUCUGUUUUUUUUUUUUUUUUCUUUUUCCUUCUGGUCUGUUUUGCGAUUUGGACGAAACCCAAUUUAGCCGAGCUGUUGCGUUUCGAUUUCGCGUGAAAGUUUCAAUUUUUGAAACACUAAAAGGGGUGCAGCAAUGAAAGGGAUUGCGAGGCUUGUAUCCUCUUCUCUUUCGCGACUUGGAGGUCGCGAGAUCGUUUCUGGAAAAAGUAGUGUUUCUUCGUCGUCUUUUUUCUCUCUUCUCCAAUCUCGUCGCUCGCUUUUCAUCUCUUCGACCAAUUUACUUAAUUCACGGGGGAAGGAUUCUGCUCUUACAUCAUCGAGAUCUUCUUCACUUCCUCAGAAAUGGUCCUUCCUCGGAGGGCAGAGAAGAACGAUGUUUAUCCAAACACAGUCAACUCCGAAUCCUUCUUCUUUGAUGUUUUAUCCUGGCAAACCAGUCAUGGAGGUUGGAAGCGCAGAUUUUCCUAAUGUUCGUUCAGCUCUGGGUUCGCCAUUGGCCAAGUCCAUUUACUGCAUUGAUGGUGUAGUUCGAGUUUUCUUUGGUUCUGAUUUUGUUACUGUGACUAAGUCAGAUGAUGUAUCAUGGGAUAUUCUCAAGCCUGAGAUAUUUGCGGCAAUCAUGGAUUUUUAUUCUUCUGGCGAGCCUUUGUUUCUGGACUCACAAGCUGCUGCUGCCAAGGAUACCGCCAUCAGCGAGGAUGACUCGGAAACCGUAGCAAUGAUCAAGGAACUCUUAGAAACGCGCAUCAGACCGGCGGUCCAAGAUGAUGGUGGGGACAUUGAGUAUUGUGGGUUUGAUCCGGAAAGCGGUAUAGUGAAGCUGAGGAUGCAAGGAGCUUGUAGCGGCUGUCCAAGCUCAUCUGUCACUUUGAAAUCGGGAAUCGAAAACAUGCUGAUGCAUUAUGUAUCCGAGGUUAAAGGUGUAGAACAAGAGUUUGAUGGGGAAGAUGAAGAGGGAACGUUGUCUGGAGAGAUGAGAGUGGAGUAAGAUAUCUCCUCAAGCAUAUCCUCUCUGCUCUGCUAGUGUACAGAAGAAUAAAUCUUAGUGAGUACACUUUUUUCUUCAACCCUUGUGUUUUUGGGCUUUGUGAAUCACAAUCGAGAGAAUCUACUGAGAGAUCAGGGUUAAUUUGUUAUGUACCUUUUUGUUGACCUACAGGAAUAAAUUGUUUUGAUUAUAUAGAGUUUUCCCAAGGAAUAAUGCACUAGAGGAGUUUUCUGUAACACUUGAAUUUCCCAACUCUGAUAUUAUUACACAAGCUUUUAGUA